AUGAAGAUGAUGGAGUACUCCAUUCCACCAACAAAGGAUGAUAUCUUAAGUCAAGAAAGUCUCUUCGUGAUUGGCAUUCUUUCAUUGAUCUUACAUCUUUCCACCAAUAAAGUACUUGAAGAGACUUCAAAGCCCAUUCUUUUUAAUACUUGUAUAAUAUCUCUCGUCAAUACUAUAGUUUGUGCAGCUUCUUCAAAAGGGCCUGCUUUGGGUGACCAUGACGAGGGAACCAGCACUGGAGAAACUUUAAUAUUUGUUCUCUUGCUUAAUUACUUUGCUGUUAAAAGCUUGCACGCUAUCCUACCUGGAUUUGUGGAUUGGCAAAGCUUCCUCGUUUCAAUGAAUUCAUCUGAACCACAAGCCUUCAUAGGCAUUCGUUGUCAUGACUUGUGCAGACUUCUGCAUUUUGGUUCUCCUGUGGUCAAGAUUAUUGCUUCUUAUUGCCUGUUAGAAUUGUUCAACAGAAUAUCAGAUCAAAUAAACAGUAAACACGAAGAGUUGAAAUGUACAUUUGAGUAUUUAAUGUCCUUAAGGAAUAUAUUGGAAGGGCUGGUAUUUUAUAAUGACUCUACAGUGGCUACAAAUUGUGCACUCUGCCUGUCGAUUCUUCUGCAGUGGGAAAAUCUGGCAAAGGAAACGGAACAGUUAGGAAAAAGCAGUUGGUUUAGAUUGAUUAUAGAGGAGAUGACGGUAUCUUUGGCAGCUCCUGCGGUAGCAUCACAAUCAUUCACAAACAGUCAAACGCCUGCAGUCCUUAUAGCUGUCGCCCUGCUGAAACUUCAUAUAAUUCCCCAGUGGAUGAGAUCUGUUCUUAAUGACUCAUGCAUAUCUGGCAUACUGGAAAACCUUGCUGCUACUGAUUUGAGCUCGGAAAUUUUGGUUUUAUUUCGACAACUUUUGAAGUCUGACUUCUUAAGUACCGAGCAAAUUGCAACUAUAAAUCAAAUACUGCAGGAAUGCAGACGGCAUAUGUACUCUAACAAUGCUCAAGACAGUCUCCCAAGUGAACCCAUAAAGAAGGUCCUCGCCAUGCCAUAUGAUCUUGGAGAUAUUUGCCGGCAUCUCAUUGAUUUGAUGGCAUCUGAGGCAUAUUUAGAUAUGGAUUUCUGGGGAUUUCAUAUGGGUAGUAAGAGGUUGUUGGAAGAAAUAGAGUUGUUUUUUAGCACCUUGACUGUAGAUGACGAUAGUUGUAGAUAA